CUGUUAUGGGGGAAUAGAGUGGUUAUUCCAGAGAAACUGCGAGAAAAUGUGUUGGAACUGUUACAUGAGGGGCACCCGGGAAUUGUUAGGAUGAAAAGCCUGGCGAGGAGUUAUGUGUGGUGGCCACAAAUGGAUAAAGAUAUUAGCAAUAGGGUAGGAAAAUGCCAGGCCUGCCAAGAGUCAAGGCCACUACCCCCAACAGCCCCCAUAAGAGAGUGGGAGAAACCCCAGGGUCCUUGGUCCAGGAUCCAUAUAGAUUUCGCCGGGCCAUUCCAUGGGCAAACCUUUUUAAUCGUGGUAGACGCAUUUUCAAAAUGGUUAGAAAUUCUGCUCAUGAAAUCCACAACAGCCGAAGCUGUAAUUACAACAUUGCGGCACCUUUUUGUAACACACGGGUUGCAGGACACUCUGGUAUCCGACAACGGGCCACAAUUCACGGCUACCCAAUUCGAAGGGUACUUAGCAGAAGAGGGCAUCCGACAUGUCCUCUCGGCGCCUUUCCACCCGGCGACGAAUGGACUUGCAGAGAGAUUCGUUCGGAGUGCCAAGGAAGCGCUAUCUAGAAUCACCCCUGGUGAUUGGCAAGCCAAAAUCGACACCUUUCUAGCGGUGCAACACAGGACCCCCUGUGUAGCCACAGGGCGCAGCCCAUCCGAACUACUAAUGGGUCGGAAACUAAGGUGUCCCUUAGAUCGAUUGAACCCUACAUAUUCCCCUGACAAGUACCAAGGCAUCCACGAAAAAACCAGGGAAAUGACAAUGGGUGAUUUGACCAUUGACACACGGAACAGAAGAAACAUGAGAGUUUAA